AUGGCCGUGCACACCCACCUGCAUUCGAGACAUAUCAGCAUUAUCAACCUCUAAGACUAGAUGGCUGUUCACGCCUACGUGCAUCCGCGGAAUAUAAGUGUCUUCCAUCUGAAAGGACAGAUGGUAAUGGAAGCCUACGUGAGUGUCUUCCAUCCAGAAAUGAAGCACUCAUCGAUUGUGCUCGAUCGCAGGUCAUGCGCUCUGCUAGAGAACCUGAUAGCUAUGAACCAACAAACAAGUCUGACAGCAAAAAAGGGCUAUUUACUCACAUGAAGAAGAAGCUACCUGUCUUUUGGAAAUCUCAUAAGACGCCUACCAACUAUGAUGAUGCUCGUCUAAACUUUGUGUAUGAAGAUGGCUGUUCACGCCUACGUGCAUCCGCGGAAUAUAAGUGUCUUCCAUCUGAAAGGACAGAUGGUAAUGGAAGCCUACGUGAGUGUCUUCCAUCCAGAAAUGAAGCACUCAUCGAUUGUGCUCGAUCGCAGGUCAUGCGCUCUGCUAGAGAACCUGAUAGCUAUGAACCAACAAACAAGUCUGACAGCAAAAAAGGGCUAUUUACUCACAUGAAGAAGAAGCUACCUGUCUUUUGGAAAUCUCAUAAGACGCCUACCAACUAUGAUGAUGCUCGUCUAAACUUUGUGUAUGAAGAUGGCUGUUCACGCCUACGUGCAUCCGCGGAAUAUAAGUGUCUUCCAUCUGAAAGGACAGAAUACUAUCGAAGCCUCUUUGAUGGUAAUGGAAGCCUACGUGAGUGUCUUCCAUCCAGAAAUGAAGCACUCAUCGAUUGUGGUAAGGAAAAAAGUUUUUUAGUAUUCUCUGUUUUGUAAUUAUUAACAGGCUGAUGAUGAUGAAGGUGAAGGUUGAGUUUAUUUUCUUCAUACUCAUAUAAAUCUAAAUUGUAUAAAUUAUUCCUGAACAGCAAGUCAAGGGAGGUCAGUUUAAAAAAAUAUGUUUACUAAUUUCUACAGACACACACACACACACAACAGAGUAAAAAGAAAAAAUAUGAAACAAGAGGCGCUCUGAGAGUUAAAACCUCCAUCAGUGCAGCUUAUUUUUUGGGCAAUAUUUACUUUUAUUGUGUUUUUUCUUUUUCGUUUUUUUAAAAUUACUUAAAUUCA